AUGUCUACCGCCGAGUUGCUGAAGAAGCAGUUUACUGCGAGUAAACUUAUCUUCCAUUUCUUGUUCUGGGGGAUGCACUGGUUCUUCUUCGGAUUUGGAUGGUGGAAGCAAGCGAACGACCCUAAGCUUGCGGGCUUGAAUACGCUGCUUUACUCCGUCUGGAUCUCGCGUGGUGCCGGCCUGGUCUUGGCGAUUGACGGGACGUUGAUUUUACUGCCAGUCUGCCGAACCGUAGUGAGAUGGAUACGGCCCAAGAUCCGGUGGUUGCCCCUGGAUGAGAACAUCUGGUUCCAUCGGCAAGUCGCGUACUCGAUGCUGUUAUUCACCAUUAUCCACACGGCUGGACAUUACGUCAACUUCUUCAACGUGGAGAAGACGCAGAUCCGACCAGUAACCGCCGUUGAGAUUCACUACACGCAACCCGGUGGUGUUACGGGCCAUGUCAUGCUUCUCUGCAUGCUGCUAAUGUAUACCACGGCACACCACCGCAUCCGCCAGCAGUCCUUUGAGACCUUCUGGUAUACGCACCAUCUCUUCAUCCCGUUCUUCCUCGGCCUGUACACCCACGCUGUCGGUUGUUUCGUCCGUGAUACUGCCGACGGCUUCUCGCCUUUCGCCGGCGACCUCUUCUGGCAGCACUGCAUCGGUUAUCAGGGAUGGCGAUGGGAGCUAUUCGCGGGCGCUCUGUAUCUGGCCGAGCGUCUGUACCGCGAGAUCCGUGCCAAGCGCAGCACUAAGAUCACGCGAGUAGUUCGCCACCCGUAUGAUGUUGUGGAAAUUCAGUUUGAGAAGCCCUCGUUCAAGUACAAGGCCGGCCAGUGGCUGUUCAUACAGGUGCCCGCAGUCUCGAGCUACCAAUGGCAUCCCUUCACUAUCACGUCCUGCCCGUACGAUCCGUAUGUCUCGGUCCACAUUCGACAAGUGGGCGAUUUCACGAGGGCGCUAGGUGAUGCGGUCGGUGCCGGCGGAGCGCAGGCCAAGCUCUACGAGGGAGUUGACCCUAUGGGAAUGUACGAAGUCGCUCUGCAGAACGGACAGCAGAUGCCUAGCCUCCGAAUUGACGGACCGUACGGUGCCCCCGCUGAAGACGUGUUCGAGAACGAAAUUGCCGUGCUUAUCGGAACCGGUAUCGGUGUCACGCCGUGGGCCUCUAUUCUGAAGAACAUCUGGCACUUGAGGAACAGCCCCAACCCGCCCACGCGUCUCCGUCGUGUCGAGUUUAUCUGGGUGUGCAAGGAUACCACGUCGUUCGAAUGGUUCCAGACGCUCCUGUCGUCCCUCGAGUCCCAGAGCAACGACGCGGCCCGCAUCCCCGGCAGCAACGGCGUAGAGUUCUUGAAGAUCCACACCUACCUAACCCAGAAGCUCGACAUGGACACGACGCAAAACAUCGUCCUGAACAGCGUCGGCGCCGACCACGACCCCUUGACCGAGCUCAAGUCGCGGACAAACUUCGGUCGUCCGAACUUCGCGCGGAUAUUCGAGGCCAUGCGAGAUGGUAUCAUGGACCGGACCUACAUCAACGGCCUCGAGGGCAGCAUGCAGACGACAGUCGGCGUGUACUUCUGCGGUCCUUCCGUAGCUGCCCGAGAUAUCCACAAGGCGGCCAAGAGCGCGACGAGAAGAGAAGUGCGCUUCCGAUUCUGGAAGGAGCAUUUCUAA